AUGAAGCAAGAAUAAGAUUCAAGCUCAUUAAAUGUGUUUUAAAAGCUUGCAUAGCAAUUAGAAUAAAAUAAAUAGUUUAGAGUCAUCCAUAUAGAUGAAUAAAAAGGAUUAUUUGACUAAAUUAUCACCGCAGAGAAUCUCCUUUCAAAAUCUCAUCAUGCAAUCAAAAUCAUUUCCAUUUUUGAUGGCAUAGAUUCAGUUUCUUAACAAAAACUAUAAGAUGCCAAAAAAUAAGCAUUAUUUUUGAAAAAUGUUAAUCAUUAAAACAUAAUCAAAUACUUUGAUGAGUUUUAAAUUGGCUUUAACUACUUUAUUGUCAUGGAAAAGUAUGAAAAAGAUCUUUAUCAAUUGAUUGAAGACUUCAAAAACCAUGAAACCGAAAUCCCAAAACACCUCUUAGUCAGCUUUGCUUAUUAGAUACUAUCUGCUAUUAAACAUCUCAAACAAUAAAACAGAGUUCUUAUAGAUCUCUCCUUGAGAAAUAUCUUGAUAGACAGUCAAAAUCAAAUCAAGCUAUACGAUUUAGGUAUAGCGAAAUAAGAGUAGGAAGAGCUCACCUCUUCUUUUAUUCUCACAGCAUUUCUCAAAAGAUCUCUCUUUUAUUAUCCUCCUGAAUUACUAGGAGAAUUUGAAAUGAGCGGAGAAUUGAAUAAAAAGAAUAAAUUAAAAAAUUUCUUAGAUGCUGAUAUUUGGGCAUUUGGAAUAUGUCUAUAUGCUCUAGCAGGAGCCUCUUAAUAAGAAUUAUCCUCAAUUAAAUCAAAAGGAUACCAAAAAUUGACAUCUCUUGAUAAGUGUUUGAAUUCAAUCCUUUCUUAGAUUCUUACUUUAGAUCCAAACUAAAGGCCUAGUAUUUUAAAUAUAUUAGAUUUCUUUGAAGAUAUGAGGAAGUAAAUAUGGACUUCUGAUGAUUCAGCAGAUCUCUAUGAGCAUUUUUUGGAGAAAAUGAAGGAUAGUUAAUGGUAUUUGUCAUAUCAAUUUAUUAACAUUUGCUGUCAAAUAUAACAAAAAAACGAAACUUAUUGGUUUUAUUUAGGUUAUACAUAACAUUAAUUAAAUUUUUUAAGUGAGGCUAUCAAAUCAUAUUAGAAAUGCCUAGAAAUUAAUCCUAAGGAUGACAUUUGCUAUUAUAAUUUAGGAAAAGCUUAUAAAGAAAAAGACUUACUGGAUGAGGCUAUCAAAUCAUAUUAGAAAAGCAUCGAAAUUAAUCCCAAGGAUGAUGAUUACUAUAACGGUUUAGGAAGUGCUUACAGAGCAAAAAGCUUACUGGAUGAAGCUAUCAAAUCAUAUUAGAAAUGCCUAGAAAUUAAUCCUAAGAAUGAUAGUUGUUUUUAUAAUUUAGGAAAUGCUUACGAUGAUAAAGGCUUACUGGAUGAGGCUAUCAAAUCAUAUUAGAAAUGCCUAGAAAUUAAUCCUAAGGAUGAUAUUUGCUAUUAUAAUUUAGGAAAUACUUAAAAAGAAAAAGGCUUACUGGAUGAGGCUAUCAAAUCAUAUUAGAAAAGCAUCGAAAUUAAUCCCAAGGAUGAUGAUUACUAUAACGGUUUAGGAAGUGCUUACAAAGAAAAAGGCUUAGUGGAUGAAGCUAUCAAAUCAUAUUAGAAAUGCCUAGAAAUUAAUCCUAAGGAUGAUAUUUACAAUUAUAAUUUAGGAAAUGCUUACGAUGAUAAAGGCUUACUGGAUGAGGCUAUCAAAUCAUAUUAGAAAAGCAUCGAAAUUAAUCCUAAAAAUGAUAGUUGCUAUUAUAAUUUAGGAAUAGCUUACAAAUUAAAAGGCUUACUGGAUGAGGCUAUCAAAUCAUAUUAGAAAUGCCUAGAAAUUAAUCCUAAAAAUGAUAGUUGCUAUUAUAAUUUAGGAAUAGCUUACAAAGAAAAAGGCUUACUGGAUGAGGCUAUCAAAUCAUAUUAGAAAAGCAUUGAAAUUAAUCCCAAUGAUGAUGAUUACUAUAAGGGUUUAGGAAAUGCUUACAAAGCAAAAGGCUUACUGGAUUAAGCUAUCAAAUCAUAUUAGAAAUGCCUAGAAAUUAAUCCUAAUAAUGAUAUUUGCUAUUAUAAUUUAGGAAAUACUUACAAAGAAAUAGGAUUACUGGAUGAGACUAUCAAAUCAUAUUAGAAAAGCAUUGAAAUUAAUCCCAAGGAUGACGAUUACUAUUACAGUUUAGGAAGUGCUUACGAUGAUAAAGGCUUACUUGAUGAGGCUAUCAAAUCAUAUUAGAAAUGCCUAGAAAUUAAUCCUAAGGAUGACAUUUGUUAUUAUAAUUUAGGAAAAGCUUACAAAUCAAAAGGCUUACUGGAUGAGGCUAUUACAUCAUAUUAGAAAAGCAUUGAAAUCAAUCCUAAGGAUGACGAUUGCUAUAAUAGUUUAGGAAGUGCUUAUGAUGAUAAAGGCUUACUGGACGAGGCUAUCUAAUCAUAUUAGAAUUGCCUAGAAAUUAAUCCUAUGGAUGAUAGUUGCUAUUAUAAUUUAGGAAACACUUACAAAGAAAAAGGCUUACUGGAUGAGGCUAUCAGAUCAUAUUAGGAAAGCAUUGAAAUUAAUCCUGAAAAUGAUAGUUGCUAUUAUAAUUUAGGAAUAGCUUGCAAAUCAAAAGGCUUACUGGAUAAGGCUAUCUAAUCAUAUUAGAAAUGCCUAGAAAUUCAUCCUAAAAAUGAUAGUUGCUAUUAUAAUUUAGGAAAAGCUUACAAAUCAAAAGGCUUAGUGGAUGAAGCUAUCAAAUCAUAUUAGAGUAGCAUCGAAAUUAAUCCUAAGGUUGAUGCUUACUAUAACAGUUUAGGAAAUGCUUACAAAGUAAAAGGCUUACUGGAUGAGGCUAUCAAAUCAUAUUAGAAUUGCCUCAAGAUUAAUCCUAAUUAUAAUAGUUGCUAUUAUAAAUUAGGAUAAGCUUACAAAUCAAAAGGCUUACUGGAUGAGGCUAUCAAAUCAUACUAGAAAUACCUAGAAAUUAAUCCUAAAAAUGAUAGUUGCUAUUAUAAUUUAGGAUUAGCUUACAAAUCAAAAGGCUUACUGGAUGAGGCUAUCAAAUCAUAUUAGAAAUGCCUAUCACUGAACCCAAAUAAUAAAAAUUGCUAGAAAAAUUUAGAAAUAACUCAAGGCAAAAAAAAAUGA